GUGUGUUGUAAUUGUACAUUAUUCACACAAUUGCUUACAAUAACACAGGUUAAAAAGGCUGGAAUGUAUACUGUACAUGUACACCAGUUUCAGAGUGAGCUACACAGUGUAAGUAUUCUGAAGGUCUUGGUAGAGACGAGAGGCUCUGUCCAGAGGAGCUCCCAGGACAGCAGCCUGGCUGUCAGCUGGCACAUCUUCAGGAGGUAUAGCCAGUACCUGCUCAACAUUCCCCAGAAGACCCUUCAACACAUCCCUCGGUUGAGGUCUGCUCGAUGA